AUGUUCUUGCUUCAGGGCAAAAGUGGACCUUCAGGAGGAAAGGCAGUACCAUCAAGACCUACUAAAGGUGUACCUAAAAAACGGGAUGAAGAUGUCUCUGCUGAAGCGAGACAGGGAGGAGAUGAAGGAGCAAAGACUCCAGAUCAACUGGAGCUGACCAAAGCUGAAUUAGACAAGGAAUUUACACGCACUCUGUCAUCUGAUAAUCCCCAUACUCCCAAGAAUCUUGUCAGAUACAUCUUUAAAAGUGGAGCAUACGAGCCAAUAACUGAUAUUGAUCAAAUGGCCAUUCAUAUAUGUUUUAAUGGAAACCUGAUACCUAAAGAUUCAGAUGAAGGGAGACGACAGAGUAUCAAGUCAAGCAGUGAAGCAGAAAAGGCUCCUGAUGAGACAUCUACAGUCACAUCAGAAGAGGCAGGAGCAAAAAAAGAGAAGAAGCUUGAAAACCGGUUCACCUACACUGAAAGAGCUACACUGACCUUCAGAAACCCUCUGCAGGAAAGAGCAUGUCAGUUAGAACCUAGACCUUGUAAAGAUUUCUCAGCCAAUGCUAACCAGUGGGAGAUCUAUGAUGCAUAUGUGGAGGAGCUUCAAAAAACACAAGCUCAGACAGGAAAGAAAGAAGAGGAGAAGAAGAAAGUAAGAAAGUCGACUUUCCUGGAGUUACAGAGUGAUGAUAUAAACAAGAUCUCAAAGGCAGCUAAAAUAAUGGAGCGGAUGGUGAAUCAGAACACAUUUGAUGACAUUGCACAAGAUUUUAAAUAUUUUGAGGAUGCCUCUGAUGAAUUCAGAGGUCAGGAAGGAACCCUGCUCCCACUCUGGAAGUUCCAGUACGAGCAAACCAAGAGACUUGCAGUUACUGCCAUCUCCUGGAAUCCAAAGUACAAGGACCUAUUUGCAGUGGGGUAUGGCUCUUAUAACUUCAUGAAGCAGGGCCAGGGCAUGCUCCUGCUCUACACCAUGAAGAACCCCUCCUUCCCAGAGUAUGUCUUCACUAGUGAGAGUGGCAUCAUGUGCCUGGACUUCCAUAAUGACCACCCCUGCCUCAUGGCAGUGGGCUUCUAUGAUGGCAACGUGGCCAUCUACAACCUGAAGAAGACAACCUCCCAGCCCAGCUACAAGAGUAGUGCUAAGUCAGGAAAGCACACGGAGCCAGUGUGGCAGGUCAAGUGGCAGAAGGAUGACAUGGACAACCAUUUGAACUUCUUUUCUGUCUCCUCAGAUGGACGCAUUGUUUCAUGGACUUUAGUUAAGAAUGAGCUGGUUCAUACAGAUAUCAUCAAGCUGUCAGUAGAGGGAACAACGGUGCAGGGGCCAGAGGAGCUGCAGCUGCAAGUGCUUGGCUGUGGGACGUCGUUUGAUUUUCACAAAAAGAUAGACUAUUUGUUUCUCGUUGGUACUGAAGAGGGAAAGAUCUAUAAGUGUUCAAAACACUAUUCAAAACAGUUUCUGGAUGUGUUUGAAGCCCAUCACAUGUCCGUGGACUCAAUCAGCUGGAAUCCCUACCACCCAAAAAUCUUCAUUUCUUGCAGUUCUGACUGGACAGUCAAGAUCUGGGAUCACACCAUCAAGACUCCAAUGUUUGUUUAUGACCUCCGUUGUCCUGUCGGGGACGUUGCGUGGUCCCCUUACUCUGCCACGGUCUUUGCUGCAGUCACCACUAAUUGCAAGGCUCAUGUGUUUGAUAUGAGUAUUAAUAAGUAUGAAGCUCUCUGCACCCAGCAAGUGGCGGUCAAGAAAAAAAAUAAGUUAACUCAUAUUCAGUUUAACCCUGUCUACCCUGUUCUCAUCGCUGGAGAUGAACAAGGCCACAUUAUCUCCUUGAAGCUCUCUCCCAACCUUCGCAAGAUGCCCAAGGCAAAGAAAGGCCAGGAGGUUAAGAAGGGCCCCGAGGUGGAAAUUGCAAAGCUGGACAAGCUGCUUAGCCUGGUGAGAGAGAUGGAGAGCGAUGGAAAGCAGUGA